CCCUUUUGAAGUACCACCUCCUGAACUCAGUGCAGUGCUCUGAGGCCAUUAUGGCGGGCUCCAUCUAUGGGACUCUUGAGGGCAGUAAUAUUGAGAUCGGAUGUGAUGGCGAGAGCCUUACAGUCAAUGGUAUCAAGAUGGUGCUGAAGAAGGACAUUGUCACCAGCAAUGGGGUCAUUCAUCUGAUCGACCAGGUGCUCAUGCCUGACUCAGCCAAGCAGGUGAUGGAGCUUAUAGGAAAAUCUCAGAGCGUCUUCAGUGACAUGGUGUCUGAGCUCGGCCUGUCUGCCGCCAUGCAGCCUGAAACUGAGUAUACUAUUCUUGCACCACUGAAUGGAGCCUUCUCUGAUGAGGUAAUGUCCAUGGAUCAGCGUCUCCUGAAGAUUAUUCUAGAAAACCACAUUGUGAAACUCAAGGUCUCUCUGAGUGACCUCUACAGCGGCCAGCUUCUCGAAACCCUGGGAGGAAAACUCCUCCGAGUCUUCAUUUAUCGCACGGCUGUGUGUAUUGAGAACGCAUGUAUGGUCAGAGGCAGCAGAGAGGGCAGUAACGGAGUCCUUCAUCUCAUGCGAUCACUGAUCCAGCCAUCCGAGACAACCAUCUAUGAGCUGCUCUUGAAAGACGGACGCUUCAAAAUCUUCCUGUCUCUGAUGGAGAGUGCUGGACUGACAGAUCUACUGAAGCAGGAGGGAUCAUACACACUCUUUGCUCCUGUAGAUGCUGCCUUUGGCACCCUGACAGAGGAAGACAUCACUCUUCUGAAAAGCGACAUCAACGUCCUCAGGGUGAUCCUGCUCUACCACUUUAGCAAUGGCGUCUUUAUUAAUGGAGGCUUGGAGGGUGGAGUGACUAAUCUUCUCAAGACCAUUCAGGGCCACAACCUUCAAGUGCUGUCUGUUAACAACUCCAUCCAUGUAAAUUCAGUGGAGGUUCCAGAUUUUGAUCUUAUGGCAUCCAAUGGAGUGGUUCAUGUAGUGAAGACCAUAUUAUAUCCUCAAGAUCUGCCAGUUGGCCGUGAAGACAUAUUGAUUCUGCUGAGGAGACUCAUCAAAUACAUGCAGCUGAAGUUUGUAUCUGGAUACACCUAUCAUGAGAUUCCACUUACAUUUAUCAAGAGGACUAUAACAACACAUGUCAUUGAGAAAGGUCCCAAUGUCAAGGUGGUGAUCGGUGAACCAAGCAUCACCAAAGUUACACGUGUGAUCAAAGGAGAAUCAAUCGUCACCAAAGUUACACAAGUGAUUGAAGAAGAUCCGAACGUCACCAAAGUCAGACGAGUGAUUGGAGGAGAACCAAGCAUCACUGAAGUUACACAAGUGAUUGAAGAAGAUCCAAGUGUCACUAGAUUUACACGAGUGAUUGAAGAAGAUCCGAGCGUCACCAAAGUUAGACGAGUGAUUGAAGAAGAUCCGAGCGUCACCAAAGUCAGACGAGUGAUUGGAGGAGAACCAAGCAUCACUGAAGUUACACAAGUGAUUGAAGAAGAUCCAAGUGUCACUAGAUUUACACGAGUGAUUGAAGAAGAUCCGAGCGUCACCAAAGUUAGACGAGUGAUUGAAGAAGAUCCGAGCGUCACCAAAGUCAGACGAGUGAUUGGAGGAGAACCAAGCAUCACUGAAGUUACACAAGUGAUUGAAGAAGAUCCAAGUGUCACUAGAUUUACACGAGUGAUUGAAGAAGAUCCGAGCGUCACCAAAGUUAGACGAGUGAUUGAAGAAGAUCCGAGCGUGACCAAAGUUAGACGAGUGAUUGAAGAAGAUCUGAGCGUCACCAAAGUUAGACGAGUGAUUGAAGAUCCGAGAGUCACCAAAGUUAGACGAGUGAUUGAAGAAGAUCCGAGCGUCACCAAAGUUAGACGAGUGAUUGAAGAAGAUCCGAACGUCACCAAAGUUACACGAGUGGUUGAAGAAGAUCCAAGCGUCCAAAUUACACGAGUAACUAACGGAGAUCCAAGCAUCACCAUAAUUAAAGAAAUGGUUGGAGGAGAACCAGGCAUCACCAAAAUUAGACGAGUUGAUGAAGGAAAGCCGUCUGUUACAAAGGUCACAAGGCUCAUUGAAACUCACAGUGCCUCAUCUGAUGGUGAAAUUGACGCUGAGGGAGAAAUCAAGAGAAUCAUGGGCGAAGAUGAAACCAAGGUGCAGAGGUUUCAGCAUGGUGACGUAGACAUCCUCCAGGAUGAAGAUAUCAAACAAAUCACUGAUGCGAUCACUCAGGGAGGUGGACCAGGGAUCACCACCAUAACUAGAGUAAUCAAACCAGGGGUCCAGGUUGUUGAAACUGAACCAGGGCUCACCACAUUUACUAGAGUAAUUAAGAAAGACCCUCAGAUCAUUAAAGGUGCACCAGAUGGGGAAACCACUGUUACCAGAGUAGUUCGGCCAGAACUGCAGAUAAUUGAAGGACCAGAUUUUUCAAAGAUUGUAUCUUUCAAGGACACUCCAGACCUGCUUGAAACAGAAUCGGAGAGAAUCACCAGAAUCAUCAAGGAGGGCCGUUAUAAAAAACGAGCUGCCAUCAGACAACCACAAGGAUCAAGGCGGAGAGUGAGACUGGUCAGGCAUCACUCCAGACCCAGACAGUGAGAUGAAUGAGGCUCACUCUACCUGAAGAUCCAAAGUGAAAGACAGUGUUGUAAAACAGUGUGUUUGUCCUGCAAAUACACUGUUACUUCAAACCGCAUUGAAUGUUUACACAUUACAAACCAAUGCAGUAACAUCUUGGAUCUAUGUGGCACACACCCCACUUCAACUCAGAUAAGGGCUACUUGAAAUGAUGGUGGUUAUAAAGAGAGACAUUGGUCAUUUUUGUUUGUUUGUUUUUUAAGCUGUUUAUAUUGUUUCUUUGAAUAUAUAUAUACUGUAUGAGCCUGUCAUUGAGCUUGUCGUGCACAUGAUAUUUUGUGGUGCUUGCAUUCAGAGACAUGAAUGCGUUUUUAUCUGUAAGGAUCAGCAAAUCUUUGGCUGUUGAGUUUACUUUAAAUUAUGCGGCUU